AACUAAUCAAAAGAGUUCACCAAAAUCUAUUCUCUCUCUUCUAUUAUCAUCCUCUAAUGGAACCAACCGGGAAAUCUAUGAUACUAGAAACUACCACUACGACGAAGAUGGAGACCAAAUACGAAGACAUGUUGCCAGUUAUGGCAGAGAUGAUGGAUGUUGAAGAGUUUGUAUCAGAGUUAUGCAAAGGUUUCAGUUUGCUUGCGGAUCCAGAGCGAGAUCUCAUCACAGCUGAGUCUCUAAGACGAAACUCUGGGAUACUUGGGAUUCAAGGUAUGAGCAAGGAAGAUGCUCAAGGAAUGGUUAGAGAAGGAGACCUUGAUGGAGACGGUGCUCUUAACCAAACCGAAUUCUGCGUUCUCAUGGUUCGGUUAAGCCCCGAGAUGAUGGAAGAUGCGGAAACUUGGUUGGAGAAAGCACUCACCCAAGAACUACGUAAUCACAAUCUCUCUUCUAUGCCCUGAUCAUCCUCCUUUCUUGUGUAUUCUCUUUUUACUUCUACAGAACCUAUAAAUGUUUCUGAAUAUAAAAUGAAAAAAAGCUUUCUUGAUCCUUUAAAA